AUGUGUGAUGAAAACGGUUUUUUGACAUAUUACGAACCGUCGGAUGCAAUUUGGCUUCCAAAACGUGACGAUAACGAUGAAUUCGCCAAUAACGAGUUUUUCUUCAAGACCGUAGAAGACGCAUUUCAAUCACGAGAUGCUCACGAUUUGAGCACACUUCUUGAAGAAACGAUUGUAAAAUAUCCGCAUCUGAAAGCUAAAAUAUACUCUUCAUUUUAUCUUAUGGACACAUAUGGAAAUAGAAGAUUGAUGAAAAAAGCCUAUAUUUCGUUGGCAGAGUGCGAGAAUUUUCCACCAUUUAUAGAUCUUUUCAUGGUAUACUCUAUAAGGGAUUUUCAAGAGGGUAUUAUUGGAUACGAUGAAGUGUCGAAAGUUACUGUUCGCUUCAUUUCGAGUCAUUAUAAAAAAUGUUUGGAGGCAUCGAUGGCUGAAGGACUUGGUCGUCCUCGUUAUGAAAAGGCGCAAGCAAGAUUUGUGAGUUUGACUCAAAAAAUCGCCAAUGAUGUUUAUACAAAACUUCUCAGCAGACAUCAGCCAUCGCCAAUUGAGAAUUUUUUCAAAAACGUGAAAGAUUUCAAACUUCCCGAGCACAGCGAUGUUUUCUCAACAUUCAUUGCCUGUUAUUUCCGUAUUGGAAUAUUUCACGUGAAAGGACAGAGGCAUGUAAUGGUAUGGGACCAAUUUUUCGACGAUCGCUGUACAGAUGACUUUCACGAAGAUUUGUUCGAUGAAUAUAAGAACGAAAGAACUGACAUGUUUCUUGAUAUGCAAAAGGAACUCGGCGCUGAACCCGUAUUCAAAUACGUUUUCAGUGAUUUGCUGGAUGUUUUCGCAAGAUUGAAUGAUCUGCUUGGUCAUCCAAAGUCAAUACCAAAUGUUAUUGAAGAAGACGAAUACUCACAGUAUGUUGCUAUUGCAUUGCUUCACGUCAACAGAGAUGAGGGACUCAUUGAGAUGAUAAAUUACUACUUGCGAGAGAUUAAAGAUGACCGAUCGAUUUUAUGCCUGAAGUUGAACUUGAUGUUGCACUAUGCCAGAACAAUCAAUGCUGGUAUGGUCUAUCAACUCUGGAAGGAAAUUUUUGAAUAUUGCCUAAAACAUUAUGAGGAUAUCGGUUGCGAUUACUUGGACUGGAGGAUCAAAAGACAACCGAUGUUCGUUUAUACCGAGUAUAUCUUCGAUGUGGCAACACGUAUUCUGCGGAAUUCCAUUAUGAUUCAUGCUAGAGAAAAAGGUGAAGAAGGAUUCGUGAAAUACGGAUUGCUUUUGCUUCAUAUCUGCGAUAUGAAUCCAAGAUAUUAUACAACGAACACCGCCAUUCGUUAUAUAAUCGAAAACUGCACUGCUGAAAUGGCAAAAGAGAUAUUCGUUGGCAAUUGGUUCGAAUUCAUUCAGUCCAUUGAGACGUUCAAAGUGAUCUACAAUAAGUUCCACCCCGAUCUUCCGGAUAUAUUUAACGAUUUGCCUAAAAAUAUCAAGAGUAAAUGGGACAAUGAGGUGCACCCAAAAAAUCACCAGCUAAUGGAAAUAUAUUAUACACUCACGAAUGAGCCACGCUUCCAACAGGCACUGAAAGAACUACCAGCAAGAUAAUCGUCAAUAGGGUAUUGUACGCCUGGUCUGAAAGCUUUGGAAAAAGCAACUCCAAUGACUAUCGGUGAAGCGUUUUACAACUGCCAUCAGCCGCGCCGUGUAUUGAUCUCUUUUGAUAAGCAUUUCAUUCGAUUCAAACAAGUUAGAAAACACGUAGAAGUGAAGCACAAAUUCGAUGGAAACGAAUUUGUGAUUUCAACAAUACCACAUCUGAGAAUGCUCCAUUAUACACACUUUACUGAUGAGCUGUUUCUGAAUUUGAAAGCAACUAAAAUGUUUUUCUUUUCUUAUGGCAUCACCAAUGAAGGUCUUUGCACUUUUAUUAAGCGAUGGGUUGACGGAGAGGACGACUUUCUUUACUUGACACUGGGAAGCAGCACGAACUUUUCGCGAAACGAAAUUCUGAGUGGCAUCAAUUAUACGACAUGGAGUAAGGAGCUCCUAGAUUCAGUCCCACACAGUGGCAAUUUCGCUCGUGCUGCACUUUACCCAAAAGCGGUACAGAUCAUGCGCAAGAACGCAAAGUGCUCAGCAACCAUGCUUAUUCUUAACCAUCGUAACAAAACGUUCUUUCAUUUUGUUGUGACUGGUCGCGUGAACGCCGCCGGAAAGGAAGAGUUUUCGUGCGAUCCGCCGUCCCUCCCAAAAAUUGAUGAAAACCAAUUAUAA